GGUACAUUUUCAACCCACCAACCCACUUCAUCGAUUUGCGCGUUGUCGUUAACCAGCUUCAAAUAUUCUUCACUGCUUCACUGCGAAAUUAGCCCAGGUUAAGGAUUACCUCUCUUUGCAUAUUCUUGGCGUUCUUUUACUACAUACUCUCGAAGAGCUAUGUAUGGCCACCUGUAGUUGGAUUCUCGUUAUGUACCCUUAAGUGACAGCGCGUUAAUCGCAACCCCCUCAACGCAUCGACACAUCAUGAACUCGUUAUGGUCAAGAGCUGCCGACGAUGGCGCUGAUCCACUGAAAGCUCCAGAAGAUGUUGCCGACACAGGCGUUGCUGAUGUCGGCCCUGGAACCGCGAAUACAGCGCCCAUUCGGCAACCCAUACCCGUUCGACCUCCAAUGCAGCGAAAUCAAAUUCAGCCUAAUCCACCUACGCAACCUACUCCGCCGACGAGCAAUCAGCCCCAGGAUUCAUUAUCGUUAGCUCAACUGAGGCGCAUAGUGUCUGAGUUUCCACGUAACGAAGCCCCCGCAUACGAUUUCGAAUAUUCUGACACGGGCCCAAAUGAAGAGGAGAUCGACGAGUGGUUCGUCUACCAAUUUUCGCAAUGGAUAAGAUUGACUUCUGUCCAGAGAGCUUUUGAGUGGCAGUGGGAACAUGAUAUCGCGGCAAGACAGGAUGAAAUAACUUGGGAUGAAGCAGAUGACGAGGUCAGAACGAAUUUCAUCCAGCAGGCCCUGGAUGGCAUCAAAGCUAGCGAUGCUGGUAUACGUGCUGCUGCGAUAGGGAGACUUACUUAUCUCAUCCUGGGUCGAUGGGCCGACACGGCUGGGGCCCCUCAAGGAGAUAGGACAAAAAUUCGAAGCGUCGCAACACCAGCUCAACUUGCUGCUAUGAAAUCUGCAGUAAAGCUACUCGCUGAGUGGAAUGGCAUUCCUAUUGUAUGGACGGCGUUACGCAAUGCUUAUGAAUCAUUAUGGGUAGACGAAUCGAUAAGACCUCAAGGUAAUCGCCUAACAGAGGCCCAAGAUGAGCUGACGAACCUAAUGACCAUCAUGUAUAUGUGCAUACAAGAAACACUCAUUGACCUAGACGACAUGAACUUGGUGCGGCGCACGCUUUUGGAAUUGGAUCCUCAUUUGACAACAUUCAUGCUCUCGGCGUCGGCAAAGCUUCGAUGGCAAGAAGUGAACGUUGUACCAGCUCCUCAGACACUUUUGCUCCUAUGGAAAUCAAUCCUUCUUGAGUUUGGUGGGACCAAGGAGAUUGAUGACACUAAAAAGGCCCUACGAGAAACGGCCGUGGACGACAAGGAGAAAGACCUAAUCAUGGCUACACCUCUCGACUAUCAUGUAUUUCGACAAGAAAUUACUUCGAAAUACCCAGCUUAUGUACCUCCUCAACCAAUAAUACCACUCGAAGCAGAUAAUACUUCACUCUUGCCUCCUCUGCCCAACCACCCUACUAGAAAUAAUGGGUCGAAUGGUAUACUUCCGGCUGCUCCAGGUACACAAAACGGAGGGGCGUCGAUCCUACAUCAACCUGUCCACAUUGCCACCCCAGCUCCGUCUCCUCCGCCGUCUCCGGCAGUUGGUGGAAAGGGAGGCAAGAAGCAGAACUACCAAACGAAUCAGAAUUUUCCGUUCAUGUACCCUCCAUUAGACGCUACUAGCAACAGUGCGGGAGGCAAGGGUGGGGCUGGUCUACAGGAUAUCCUUGUCGGCCGUAAAUGGGAAGGCAGUGAUGUACCUGCAUCCAUUCUCGAGGCAGGCGAGCUAUUCGCUAGGAGAGUACGAAUGACCCGGGCUACAAGACAGCUAUGGGAAGAGCGGGAGAAGUUCCAAAGAUUCGAGAGGGGAUGGGACCCGUCAGAUGAUGACAUUGAAGAUCUGGAUUUGGAUGCCUUAGAACUUGGAGACGAUGUUGACGAGGACAAAAUUCUCGAAGCAAUUCAAAAGAGGGAGAGAAAAAUCCGAGGGGCCGAGAUCGAUUACGGUCCGAACCCGAAUCUUGACCCAGAAGUCAAGCGGCGACUAGAAGCUAUCGAAUCAUUUUAUGCCGCUGCAUUGCCGCAACUGCAGUCCUUAGUGAUAGUCCUUAUGAAGGGCGUAUUAUUCAAUGUUACUGCAUGUAUUACCCUGCCAGCUAAUAGCCAGCAGCAAUCGGGAAUGCAAGUGAACUCCCAGCCCCGCGUCAAUGGUGGUGUCGCGACAAAUCGAUCGCAAGAUAGCUCCAUGGGCGCCAGCAGCUUGGCAAACCAGGAUGGCACUGAACCUUCUUUGGAUGACUUAGAUGGCACAAGAUGCAGAGAAAUCGAAUCGAAAGCCGCCACGGGUAUUAUUCUUCUACUCAUGAAAUGGCUCAAGAUCUCGCAUGUUCUAAAGUUCGAAUACCUGUCGCAGCUACUAUUGGAUUCUAAUUAUCUUCCUUUGGUGCUAAAGCUAUUCGCGCAUCAAGACAUUCAGCAGGUGGUCGAUAGCAAAACAGAUCGCCUCGAAAAUAGUUUCUUCCAAUUUUGUAAUGAGCGUGUCCAUCCCCUGGAUAAGAUGCCGCAAGAACCGGCUGAGAUUAACGGACCUGAGGAGGAAAGCGAGGACGAUGCGGCACCUCCACCUAUCAAACGACGACGAUCACCACCUGAACAAGUGUCUGCAGCCGCUGAAAUGGGCGAUGUUGCAACGACGGAAGGGCAGGUACCCACUCGUCCUGAAGUAGACGAAUUGGGCUACCCAGUAAACCCUCUGCCGAAUGAACCUAUUACCGACUUCUCUCGCCGCAAUUUCUUUGCCCUCAUCAACUAUCUGCGAAUCAUGCAGAAGAUCUGCAAGAAUAAGGCGCAUCGCAAUUUAUUACUCGUCCAGUAUAAGUCGUCUAAUAUUAUACGCAAGUCACUUAAGGUACCACAGAACGAGCUGCGGCUCUAUACGCUCAAGCUGUUCAAGAACCAAGUACCUUACUGCGGCCGCAAGUGGCGGCAGAGUAAUAUGCGCGUUAUCACCGCCAUUUACUUGCAUUGCCGACCAGAGCUUCGAGAUGAGUGGCUAGCGGGUAGCGACGUGGAUGCGGAAGUCGAGGAGGCGCUGCCACUCGAGCAAGCCCUCCGGAGCUUGACCCACUGGUUCAACGUCCGGAGGUACCCUGAACAGAUGGCAGCGGAUAUUAGGGAGGCGCUGCGGAACGAGCAAGAUUUCUUCAAGCGAGAGCUCGAGAAGUUAGACGUAUGGGCCGAUGUCGGCCAGGUAGAAGCAAUGAAUGCCGAAUGGGAUCAUCUCGGACACGGCCCCGCAUACGGUUGAUCGCGGCUUGUCGGGCUGCUCGGCUUAUCUUUUCAGAGAGAACAGCGCUUCGAGUCGCGGGAACUAGCCGUUCAAAUUCUACUGGGUGAUCUAGGUGGUUCUAUUCAGACAUGUUUGGGGAUGGCAUGAUUGUGGGUUUGGUCAUGAAUAGAUAUUGGCUUGGCUGGAUACCCUAGUGAUCCUAGUGCUCUUAUUAAGUGCUUGGAGGAGGCAGAGAGGUCGGUAUGGAGUACCUCGUGAAACGGAUUGCGGCGACGGACGCCCUGAUCCUGUUGUUCGCAGGAGCGGCAGUUCCAUAUCCUGACGGAACUGCCAGCUUCCAGAUGUACAUGUUGGUACUGGAUAUAUGAGGCCUAUAACGAUGACAUGACAAUACGCCUCAUGAAAUAGGCCUCAAAGCCUUCUCCCCGUCUUGAUACUUGUGCGUAAGUGACUGGCUUACUGAUCUAGUUAGUUACAAAGAUGGUGUGAUAUUUAAGGGGGGUGGAGGUAAAAUCAGCCAUGUCUUCCAACAUAUCCAAUAUUGUACUGUGCAUGAGUAGUAGGUAGAUACCUAGGUAGGUAGGUACCUAUCACGAUGAUUAUUGUUGGCGCCGUGUUUAUAUGACCCCAACCAACGAUCUU